AUGUUUAGAAAUGAAGGGAAUCUUGAGACCUACGCGGUAGAAGCCGGAGAAGGAGUCCUUGCAGAUGAGAGGUGCACCGGAUUCCCCACACCACGUCGAGGAGAAGGUCACGCAUAUGGAGUUCACUGGAAGGAGACCGCCCUGGCCGCAGUGACGCGGCAGCACAGUUGGGUGCUCAGAGGACAAGGGAGAGGCAAGGCAGUGCCCGGGUCGCAUAAGGUCACGUAUUUCGCAUCUGGGCACGAGAAACCCGCAGCGAGUGGGCAGGAAGGACCUGCUGGACUUGUGCUGGCCAGGGAAACCCUCGAUAAUGACCUUGGGAUGGUGAUCCUUGAGAAGCCAGUGAAAGAGGGAGGAACAUGUCCGCUCUGCACCCAGGAUUUUAAUGAUCUACAAUAUUUCUCUGAAUGCAAACUCAUCAGUCACAUGAAAGGUUGCGAUUGCUAUUGGUUUUAUGUUAUAUCUCCACCUGACUGGGUCAAUUAUCUCGAUGUGGCCUCUAUGACGUCGGAACCAGUGACAUAUUCCGCCUCGAUCGUCGAACAUCGCACAUGCCAUGAGAGAAUCACCCAGGGCGGUCUCCUUCCAGUGAACUCCAUAUGCGUGACCUUCUCCUCGACGUGGUGUGGGGAAUCCGGUGCACCUCUCAUCUGCAAGGACUCCUUCUCCGGCUUCUACCGCGUAGGUCUCAAGAUUCCCUUCAUUUCUCUGAGACCGAGAAAAAGUGAACCGGAUGGAUGA